AUGCUACUAAAUCUCAAAUGGAGUCGGCACAGUGGAUUGAGUGGAUACUCUUCGGAGUCUUCCCAAGGUUGGAAGCAGACGCCGCCUAGGACGCCGACGACACUACGCCGCUUAGGGCUUAAGGGGCACUGGGAAUAUAUCCAGUCUUGCAUUUUGCUUGAGUCCUUUAGUCCAUGCAAGCCCAAAUUUGCACUUGCAUCAGAAGGGGUUUCCGCAGGAGAUAGGGGUCACCGGCGAAGCCAUCUCUCUGAUGCAUCGUCGUUUUGCAAGAACAGGUCCCGAAAGCUCUGCCAUUUCGGGAGGUUCAAUCCGAAUCAUUAA